CCCAGACCUGGCAACCCUAGGCUGCUCUUCUGUUGCCUCCCGUUGUUUGUUUGUUUUUUGUGAGCGGCACAAUGGGUUAAGUUCACGGAGUUCUAACGGCUAGAGAGGAGAGCCAGAAAUGGCUGGGAAGAGGAGGAGAAUAUGCCAAAAAAAAGGAGGUGGGGGAAAGUGAGGUCACCUUCCUGCCCCACCCUCUCCUCUUCCAGGGGUAAAACUUCCUUUUGGAUCCCCCCCCCCCCCCCAACCCCAGCAUCCUGCAGGAGCAAUUGCCCAGAAUCUAAGGGGUUUAGGGCUGUAGCCAGCAGUCAAAAUGGAGGAGCAGAACACGGCAGAAGCCAAAGCUGGGGAGAGAUUGGCAGCGGAAGACAGAGAUCUUCACAUUGUCCAAGUUGGGAUGAUUGGGGGGUUCCUGAGUGGGGUGACCGCACCUCAAAUUAAACAAGAACCUGAUGAGGGGCUACAGCAAAGCUGGGGAGUCCAGCGGCAGGAGUUCCUGAAGACAACAAGACAGACUCCAUAUUCGGGAUGGUCAGGCACUCCCCGCCCUCAGUUCCUGUCAGAGAACAGGACAACAGAAUUCGGGGGCUCUUCCAAGGAAGGAGGUGAUGCCGGCCAAUGGCCAAGAGGAGAAGGUCCAACUCAACCCAAGCAGAGCCUGAGUCGGCAAGAAAACCGUGAGGCUUACAAGAGCCUGGACUCUCCCAUGGAAGUGAAAGAAGAGAUUCUGGACAGAGUGGACAUGGCAAACUUGGAGCUACGGUGUCAGCGCUUCAGGCAGUUCAGCUACCAGGAAUCGGAGGGCCCCCGAAAGAUAUUCUGCCAACUCUGGGAACUUUGCCACCAGUGGUUGAAGCCAGAGAAGCAUACAAAAGAGCAGAUCUUGGAGCUGGUGAUUCUGGAGCAAUUCCUGAUGAUCCUCCCUCUGGACAUGCAGUGCUGGGUCAGGGAACGGGGCCCUGAGACUUGCGCCCAGGCAGUGACCUUUGCGGAGGAUUUUCAGUGGCAGGCGCCGGAGGCCGAUGGAACAGAGCAGAAGAUCUCGGAGGACACGGAUGGCUUGAUGGCCGACUCUCCCAAAUCGGAGCUGGACCCAUCGGACAUUGUGAAGAUUGAGCUCUCAAUGGAGAACUUGCAAGAAGGAGACCAGCAACAAUAUUAUUUUGGCGAAGCAGGUGAAUUGCAAGAGGAAGCUUGCAAUACUGUGAGAAAAAAGACUACUUAUGACAGUGGGAAAACCCUCCAUCCAGCCUCUGACCAUCUCUCCAAGAAAGAGAAACCAUAUAAAUGCUCAUACUGUGGGAAAAUCUCUGAUUGCAGGGCACACCUGAUUAUCCAUGAGAGAACCCACACGGGGGAGAAGCCACAUAAAUGCUCUGUCUGUGGCAAGAGUUUCACUCGUAAAGAGUCUCUUAUUAUCCAUGAGAGGUUUCACACGGGAGAGAAGCCCUAUAAAUGCUCAGUGUGCGGCAAAACCUUCAGUGAUAAAAUUGGCCGCCUCAUACAUGAAAGAACCCACACGGGAGAAAAACCAUAUAAGUGCACUGAGUGUGGGAAAAGCUUUGGAACUCGCUGUAACCUUCUAAGGCAUAGAAGGGUCCACACGGGAGAGAAACCAUAUAGAUGCUCAGAUUGUGGGCAAAGCUUCAGAUAUAGACCGCAACUAGUGAUACAUGAAGGGACCCACAAGGGCGAGAAACCGUAUAAAUGCCCAGACUGCGGAGAGAGCUUCAAUCAAAGUCGGCACCUCGUUAUACACAAAUGGACUCACACUGGAGAGAGACCACAUAAAUGUUCCAUCUGUGGCAAAAGCUUCAAUCAGAAAUCGGACCUCAUUACCCACACAAGAACCCACACAGGGGAGAAACCAUACGUGUGCUCAGAGUGUGGGAAAAGCUUCAUUUCAAGCUGCCAGCUUCGAAAGCAUGAGAGGAUCCACACGGGUGAGAAACCAUACCAGUGUUCGGAUUGUGGCAAAUGUUUCACUUACAGCUCUCACCUGACAACCCACAAAAGGACACAUACAGGAGAGAAACCAUACCAGUGUCCAGACUGUGGCAAGUGCUUCAUUUCCAGCUCUCACUUCACCGCGCACAGAAGGACGCAUACAGGAGAAAAGCCGUAUCAGUGUUCGUACUGUGGAAACAGCUUCAUCCAGAGAUCACAGCUUGCUAAACACGAAAGAUCCCAUACAGGCGAGAAACCAUAUAUCUGUUCAGAGUGUGGGCAAAGCUUCCGGUGGAGUCAAGGGCUUAAGAAACACAUGAGGACUCACACAGGAGAGAAGCCAUAUAAAUGCUCACAGUGUGAGAAAACAUUCACUAGUUCCUCUAAUCUUUCUAGACAUCAGAAAAUCCAUGCUAGGGAGAAACUGUAAGGACCUUGGUCAGAGACUAUAAACUUCCGAAAAUGCUUAGAUGGUGGGACAGUGUAUUGAGUGGACAUCAGAAAACCACACCAAAGGAAAAUCUUUCCAUUGUGCCAAAAAGGUACAGUUACGCUUAGCAGCCAGUUCACACUGUAAAUAGAGUCUUGGGAAACCUGGGUGAUAACUCCUUUCAUAGUUCUCAGUAUCCUAGUCCUCAGAAAAUCCAGUGCCACCAUCACAUGUGGAUCUGGUUCACUGCCUAUUCCCAAGAGCUGGGCAUCCCAAAAUUUGACACUGGCAAUUGAAAAAAUGGGUUUUGGCUCUCGUGCAGUGGUGUCUUGAUUGGUUGCUGGUUUAAAAUAAGUUUUGUUUAGGAACUUGUAUUUUUCCACCUCUCUUGCUGAGUGUAUGCAACCACUGAGAAUCAUUUCAUUGAUUUUUAGAGUCCGGCAUUUGUAUAUACCUGUUUUGCUUUCAACGACUGUUCCCUGCCCAGAGCUGAAGAGAUUUGUAUUGGCCAAGACUGUAUAAGUGCAAGUUUUGGGACAUGCCUUCAACUGUAGGUUUCAUGUUUAAAAUGAUUUCUCAACCUCAUUAAAUUUAACGGUGCCAUGUC